AUGUACCGAUCACGUGACUCUGGUCAUACUGUACAAAAUGCCGUUACAUUCACUCCAACGGAAGAGUAUGAUGGAACACUAGUUCGAUGCAUUGCUAGUAAUCCACUAUGGCCAGCAGCGAAGAACGCCACAUAUCCACUGAACGUGCUCUAUGCACCUCGUCUAAUUGUGAACAGCCCAAUUAAUAUUGUAGUCGGUGAAUCGGAUUCCUUUCGUGAAAAUAUGACCGUAAAAGGAAACCCACCAGUGUCAGCAUGGCGAUGGCGAAAAAAUGGCGUACCAUUUGACCAUACUAUUGGAAAUGUGUUUGCACGUGGUGCGACACUUUCAGGGCGAAAUGUUAAGAGCUCCGAUGGCGGUAUGUACACAUUGUUCGCGGUGAAUAGUGUCGGUACAGCCAACGUUACUAUCCAACUAACUGUAGAGUACAGUGCACGAAUCACAAGAAUUUCAUCGCCAAUUAUCGCUGCUGAAGGCGAAACGGUGUUGCUGGAAUGCGAAGCAGACGGUGUACCACGAAAACCGAAUAUGGUGCGAUGGAUAAGAAAUGGCAAGGAGAUUCCGUCAACGAAGCGAAGUGAAACGCAGGUGAAUCUACGAUUGAACGCCACGAAAGAGGCAGCUGGUCAGUACGUCUGCCGUGCCGAUAAUGGUAUUGGAUUUCCCGGUGAAAGUACUGCAUAUCUAUUGGUGAACUCAGCGCCGAAGAUUAUGAUGCUACCGUCUCACUCAAGAGCUGCUGGCCCUCUCGGAGGUCGAGCUCGUGCUCGUUGUCGUGCCCAUGCUGUUCCUGAUGCAGAUUUUGUUUGGGAUCGUGCCGGUGAGAUUAUUCAGAGCAAUAACUCAAAAUACAGCAUGUCCACUAUCCAACUGGAUUAUUCAACGUUUGAGAUUGGGCCUCCUUCACCACCAGAUGCUCCGUUAGAUAUUCAUGUAACAAAUGUCACGUCAAAUACGAUAACUAUCUCAUGGACUCCCGGAUUUGACGGUGGAUCUGAUCAAACAUUUGAAGUUCGUUAUCAAAAGGACGGAGAGGAAAUUGUGCACGGCAUCAACACGUCACACUCGGUUUGUUUCUAA